GAUGGCCCGGUCUCUGUGGCUUAUGGCCUCAAGAAGGAGCUCUUGGAAAUCCGCGCCAAAUAUCCAGCGCCAGCCAGCUUUCAGUAUAUCCAUCGAGAAGCCUCAGUGCUACGCGAGAAAGAGAUACAGCAAGCGUGUCAUCCUUCACCCGAUUCCGACGUUUGCGGUUGGGUGAUGGCAACAGCGGAUCCAAACGGUGCAUAUGGAGGCGAUCAUCCAGACAACGAGGAAGACAGGAUGAAUUUGAAAUUCGACAACUUCAGGUUGGUGUUUCAGUGCGUCAGUGGCACCGCGUUGCUACAUUGGGCCUCUGAAGAGGACUUCAAGAUUGGCAUUUUCGGUGCUCGACGUGCGCCUCGUGCUCUCGCAUGGUGGGACUUGCGCAAGGCAUACGAUGUGGUGGUGCAGCGGGGCGACGAAAACUUUGACAUCGCAGCCGGGCAGUUCACCAUUCUGAUGUAUGGUGGCAACCUGAGCUUCUCCGUCGAAGGUGACCAGGACAUUCCUAUUUGGUACAAUGCAGUGCGCGGCGUGAUUCGUGACGCGGCUUGGCACCAGGCCACCAAAGCCGAACAGCCAGAGCAACAGAGGAAACGUUGGCACGCAGCCAUGGGCCUGGCUCGUGCCUUGCUGAAUGGACGCCCAAUUGGCACACGUGCCUUGGCUGUGACUUUUCACCUCUAUGACACCGACAAGGACUGCGUCUUUCGUCUGGGCGAGAUCAUGUUGCUCAUCAAGGAGGUCUAUGCUGCCAUGAUUCAAGAUACCGGCCUGGCCGAAGGAGCAACGAUGGACUUGGCCCUGCAAUCUGCCAGCUCGCGCAUCCCUACGGAGCUUCUCUUUGAGAAGGCCUUGAUCUUCCGUAGGCAAUGCGAUCAGAGCAACGACGGACGCAUCUCGAAGGGUGAAUUUGCCGCCUUCGGACACCAAGCUUUGCUGGAAGCAGUGACCAUUUGAGCGGCGACGAGUGAGUUCACCAAAACCUUGGUGUCCAAAAAAAAAAUAGAGGAUCCGUGGCUUGAAGCAAAAGAAUAAUAUUUGAAUAUACCCCCAUUAAGC